AUGAAGAAAAGGAAGUAUAAGACAGGAAAGGGAAGCAAAGAACAGGACAGGAAAACGAUAGGACAUGAUAAGAAUAAAAGAAGUGACAGGAAAGGGAAAAGACAAGGAGAGAAAGGCAGAAGCAGGGAUAAAGAAACGAGAGAAAUGAACAGAGAAAAUGAGAGACAAAUGACAAAGACAAGGAGAGAAGUAGAAGCAAAGCAGAAGGGAAAACAGAAAGAAGCAAAAGACAACAAGCAAACGAGAGAAGCAGGAGGCAGAGAACAAAGAGAGCAAAAAAAUAAGAAAGGGCAAGAACCAGGAAGGCAGAAGAGACAAACGAAACAGAGAAUAGAGCAAGAAGACAGGGAGAAAACGAAAAGCAAGAAUAAGGAGAAGAACAAGAUAGCACAGAAAAGAAAAGAAGAGAGCGAAAAACAGAAGGAACAAGAAGCAGUAGGGAUAACAACAGAAAUGCAAAGGGAAAAGGAACAGGAGAAAAUGACAAGACACAGGAUAAAGAAAGAGAAAGAGAAUGAAAAUGAGAAUAGAAGAGAGAAAGAAAGGCAAUAUGAAAAAACAAGCGAAACAGGAAGACAAAAG